AGGGGGGGGAGGGGGCUCAAACUGCUCUAGCAAUAUAUGAACGAUGAUCGUCGUGACUUCUAUAUAUAAAAUGGAUAGACCAUCUGGUCUCAUAUGUGAUGCAAUACGAGUUAAUUGAUGAUCUUGUUUUCACUGUCUACAUUUUAGAACGGAUGAACAACAUUAACCGUAAGGGGUUGUAUGGUAUGAAGGGUGGGGAAUUAGUUAUCCCACUAUAUAUAUGGAAUAACUUAGCCCAUCAUUGUAGUACAAACGGUGGGAUAAUCCAGGGACUAACUAAUACCCCUAACCAAACACAGGAUAAAAUAAUCGUGCAUUUUAUCUCGAGAUUAUUUUCCCUUGUCCCUUGUACCAAACAACCUCUAAGUGGGAUGUGUAAAUACAUUUUUCUAAUUGCACCAAAUAAGUUUCAUCCAUUAGAACUUCACAAUUAGAGUGAAUCUACAAUUGUGUACCAAGUUAUCAAUUAAUCUUUAGCUGUAAAUUUGAAUGCAAGAUAGCCCAUACUUGGUGAUUUGGUUACUAGAGAGAUCUGCAUUGUAGGAUUUCCUGCUCCAGUUAUGUUCUUUUAAAGAAUAAAUGUGACUGAUUAGAUGUUGAGCUCUUUUAGAUUGUGAUAGACUGGAUUUUAUGGUCAAAGGUUAUCCCAUGUGACCCUUAACAACGGUCUGACAGUCCUUCACACCUACCUUUGGUCGAGUUGUAUCAUCUCAGCAUAAAAAAUGCUAUUCAUAUGACAGUUUAUGCCUCUUGAGAUUUCACACUUCAAGAAAUUGGUCGAUUUUUGAUGACCUUCGAUGGACCAAGAAGCUGUCAAGACAUCAACUUAUACAUCAACUAGAAGUCGUCAAAAAGUUAUUUUUCUUAAUUUCUAAUGUGAUUUGAUUUUCGAUUGAAAGGGCAUUGCAAUCCAUCAAAGAUUGUUUGUACCAUUUUGUAGGAAGAUGUUUUAGAGGACAUUUCCUUCUCUGUUGGUAGGAACAUGUCUAUCGAAAUUCUUGACAAAUAAAAUUUUUUAGGGCUUCCAUCAGUCAAAUUAAUUUUAGUUGAAGCCUGACUUCAGAAGACGAUUUCAUAGUUCAUUACUUUUUGGCAGGUUGGUCUUUGGGAGCUCAACUUCUAAUAAAGAAAAAUAUUUCUACUUCUGAUUGAUUUUUGGUAUUUUUUUUUUUGGUUUCAUAUCCAUUGUCGGAUACCAACAUUGGAGCUUGCCUAUUCCUGAUUCACGCUGUGUAGGGCUCCAUUCGGGGGGAAUCGCUCCCUACCAAGGAUUUUUUCAUACCGAGGGAUCGAAUCCAAGACCUUUGAUUAAGAGAGGAACAACCCCAUCCACUACACCACAUCCUUUGUUUGAGUUUCUCCAUUUAGAUGUAAUGAUCUUUCCAUCCGGUCCCCAUCGACAUUGACGCUCACCACUCUUCUCUUGCGGUCGCCACUAGCUAGGAAACCCGUAGUCGCUAUCCUUUGGGUGCGCACAGUAAAACCCCCGCUCCUAUGCAAUAGCUAGCAAACCACAUGAAGAGAGAACCGCACUAGGCAAGCUUGGUGCGACGAGCUCGACCCAGCAGGCAAAUCCCUUGCUUUCGCUGGCAAGGGGUUACGAACUUGAGACCCAACAUGGAAGUCCCAAGCUCAAACCACUGGACCACCCGAAGGGUACUAUAAUGGUCUGUUGACAUAUAUCAGAUUGAGUAUCAACGUUUGAAUAUAGAUUUGUUGGUCAUCUCAAUAAAGUUGCAUUGCUGAGAUUAAAUCUUUGCCGCAGAGUCAUACCUUGCUUACCGAUGGAAGUUGAGACACAUAUGUCUUCCAAAACUGCUGAAAAAAUCAGCAUUUUAGUUGUGGAUGAUAAUGCUGCUUAUCUUCAGGUUGUUGCUGAGCUACUCAAGAAAUGCAACUACCAAGCUGUGGCUGUCAAAUAUCCAAUAGAUGCUUUGCCUAAACUUCAGAUCAAAGGCGACUCUUGUGAUCUCAUUGUCUUUGAUGUGCACAAGUCUGAUAUGAAUGGCUUUAAACUUCAAGAAAUGAUAGCCAAAGCAUUUGAAAUACCUGUUUUGUCAAUGUCAGCUGACCAAAAGGAAGGUGCAAUCUUGAAAGGACUGAAGGGUGUAUCAGUGGACGAUCAAAGAGAUAAAGGGCUCUGCACAGUGUUGCAGGAGAAGAAAGGUAAAAGAGCUGUCCCUGGGAAAUCUGCAAUGAAACAGAGGAAAAGGGGCAAAGAUAACAGUGGCGAUUUGGUUCUACCAACGAAGUCUCAGAUUAUAUGGACAGAGUCACUUCACCACGCAUUCCUGGUAGCCAUUCACGACAUUGGGUUUAGCAAAGCUGUGCCAAAGAAGAUUCAUGAACACAUGAAUGUCCCUGGAUUAACUAGAGAAAAUGUCUCCAGUCAUUGGCAGAAAUAUCGUAAUUACUUGCACCGAGUUACUGAUGCAAGCUCUAUUAUCCAAGUUCCUAACAAAAACUUAGCCAGUAGAGCUAAUCAAUCGACCAUUGCGUCUGGAAUGCUUGUUAAACAUAGACAAGUUCAUCAAGAGAAUUUUGGAGUGCAGUCUAGUGUCCCCAGCUCAUUGAUUCACACUUCAACAGGUUAUCUGACAGGCAAUCUGCAACAUCUUAAGAAUAAGGGGAAAGAAGUUGAGGUUGUGCUCGAUCCAGUUCGUAACUUUUCUGUCUUUCACAAGGUUAGUGCUAUGCAAGGAUUACAAGGCAUUGGUGAUCUUAGUGCUUCUUCCAUGAAUCAAGGGAAUGAUCAACCUCAUCAGGACAUGGAGACAGAGGACAAUUUGCAAUGAUUCAAUCAAAUACCAUUCAAGGCUGUGCUGACCGUAGAUUGAUGGGGAGUUUCGCCAAACCUACUACUCAGCAGCCUAAGGGUGAUUUGUUUUGGAUAUGGUGUAUACUUUAAGUUUCCCGUAAACUCCACUUGUGGGAUUGCGCUUGAUAUGUUGCUGUUUUUGUUAUUGUUGUGUUCUUCAAGUCCUUACGAAGAUGAACAAAACACAUUUAGUUCAAUAUAGCAACAAAAACUGUUGGUGCUAGAGACAAAUCAGUGUGUUGCUUGAUGCAUUUCUUUUUAUGGUACUUUCUGGAUUAUGAUAUGUUCUUACUUUUAAGAAAUUGAUUCGAUAUAUAUUACAUUUUGCUUAAA